AUGGAAAGGAAGAUUAUUCGAAGCGAUUUUAACGAUAUGAUGAAAAUGCUCCAGGAACCAGGUCACGGGAAAGAUGACGUUCUUGGUGUCUAUGAUCAAUGGGCAAACUAUUAUGAACAAGACACAUUUCUGUUAGGAUACAGAGGGCCGCAGUUAACAGCGAAUUUGGUGUCGAAACUAGUGAAGAACAAAAACGAUAGAAUAUUAGAUGUCGGGGCAGGAACCGGAUUAGUUGGCGAUGAGUUGCAUAAACAUGGAUAUACCAAUCUAGAUGCACUUGAACCUUCAAGAGAAUCGUUGCAUAUUGCAAAGAACAAAGGGAUCUACAAGAAACUAUUUUGUGAAUGUAUUGGUACCUCCAAACUGGACAUAGAUGAAGGCACGAUAUAA